UCUUUCACCACCCAUCUCUCAUCGUCGUUGCGGACGAUAAACCCGAUUUUUUUUGUCAUCGCCUUCCUCGUCUCGAAACGAUCACCACUUUAACGAUGCCCGACAUGGUCUCAAUAGGUCAACCUCAACAACGACAGUUCAACCCCUACAGCGAAAACGGAGGCACGAUAUUGGCCAUUGCUGGAGCAAAUUUCAGCGUUAUUGCCGGCGACACCCGUCAAAGCGAAGGCUACAACAUCCAGACGCGAUACGCACCCAAAGUCUUCAGAUUAACGGACAAAGCGGUUUUAGCUGUGAACGGAUUUGCUGCCGAUGGGAGUAUGUUUGUGAAGAAGGUCAAACAAAGGCUGGAGUGGUACCGACAUGCUCAUGCAAAAGAUAUGCCUUUGCGAGCCAUCGCACGACUAAUUCAAACCAUGCUGUACUCUCGAAGAUUCUUCCCUUACUACGUCUACAACAUUCUCGGCGGCAUUGAGGAAGACGGUUCGGGCGCCGUGUACUCGUUUGACCCCGUGGGCUCAUAUGAACGUGAAUCAUGUCGUGCUGCCGGUGCGGCUCAAUCACUUGUUCAACCAUUCCUGGACAACCAAAUCUAUUUCAAGAAUCAGAGACCACCACCUGGAACUUCAAACCCAACUCACUUGCCUCUCCAUGAGGUACUUUCGCUCGUGAUCGAUUCCUUCACGUCCGCAACGGAGAGACACAUCGAGGUCGGUGAUGGGUUGGAAAUUUUUGUCGUGUUGGCGAAAGGAAGCACUACGCAAGGGUUGGAAAACUUUGCUAAUGUUCAGGAGAUGACACAGACGAGGGAGGGAGAGCGGAUGUUCAAUAUCAGGAGAAAUCUGAAGAGGGAUUGAGGGAGAGAGAUGGUUUUUCUCGCUCUUGCUUGCUCUCUGUAAAGGCUAAACUUUCUCGCCCCUCGUCUUUUGAUCGUGUCCGGUCGUCCUAAUCUUCCGCCUUCCCCUGUUCAAUAACUUUCUCCCUUGUUCCUCCUAUCCGCUCUUUCUUGCUGGACUGUUCUCCCCUUCUCGCAUCCUUGAUAGAUUCCUCCCAAACCUCUUUUCCGCCUCCCCAACAAACGCUCAAUCGAACAAACUGCAAUAACGUUUCACCGUUUUGUUACUUUUUUGACGCUUUUUUUUUGUUUUCUUUUGAAUGCAAAAAUUGUUAGUAGCUACUUAUUUAAAAUCUGCUGCAUUACUGUAUUGUACGUAUCUUGACUGUAGAUGGAAACCCUAUAUUUUCUUACUUUCCCUGCCUAAGGAAAACAAAAACACAGUGCAUGUGCACGAAGUUUUACC